UAAUCAUCAGAUAUUUCGUCCUCCGAUGGGCUCUCGGGCUGUUGCUGCUCAACCUUCCGUCGCUUUCGACUCGCCCUGCUGGCCACGUCCAUUCCCUGUUGAGUUCUGCUGCAAAGUACCCAGGCGACGUCCGCUGCAUGUACACCGAGGUCCUCUGAUUCCCAAUGGCUCUAGGAAUCCCUCUACUGGAGAAGCCGUCAAUGCCGCUGCUAGUAUGGCUGUUGUUGAAGCUCUCGCUAUGAUUGUGAACGGAAAUGCCCGAUUGGCGACCGGAUAUGUGAUGCUCUCCAGCAAAUAUGUCUCUGACAGAACCAUCAUGGCGAGUAGACUCAGCAAACCGAUCCGCUAG